AUCAAUUCUUCGUCAUUCGUAUCCCACUAUUUCUAUAAAAUGUCCACCCUCAAAGUCCUCGUUGUAGGCGGAGGCAUCGCCGGUCCCUCAGUAGCCCACUGGCUCUCCCGCACCGGCGCAGAAAUCACCCUCAUUGAGCGCUCCCCCAAAGCCAGAACAACAGGUCAACAGCUUGAUCUUCGCCACCAAGGCGUGGCGGUCAUGAAGAAAAUGGGUAUUGAGCCUGCGAUACGCGCUAAGCAUGUUCAUGAAGUCGGAACACAGCUCAUUGACACAAAUGGUCGAACAAAGGCGUUUUUCCCGACGAUUGAGAGUGGCACUGGGAAUCAGAGUGUCACGACGGAAUAUGAGAUUAUGCGUGGUGAUCUUGUCAAUAUUCUGUUGGGGCUCACAGAGGGGAAGAAGAAUGUGAAGCAUCGCUUCGGAACAAGUGUUGCGAGCUUGACGCAGGAUGAUGAGAGUGAUCCGAAUGGAAAGGUCCAUGUUGGGUUUGAUGAUGGCCAGAAAGACGACUUUGAUCUCGUCGUCGCGGCUGAUGGGACGGGUUCGAGGACACGACAACUCAUGCUUGGACCUGAUGCUCCAGAUCCACGACAUUUCCUUGGUGGUUAUAUCGGCUUCUUCAGCGCUUUGUCGAAACCGCACGAUACAAACCGCUUCACAUUCUGCCAUUUGCCUGGCUCACGCUGGCUCGGUACAAGAAAGGAUAACCCGGAGAUGACACGUGUGUACAUGAACAUACAGAGUCAGAAUGAGGGCCUUGCAGCGGCGCACAAGUCGGGAAAGCUGGAUGAUCUCAAGGCUGCUUGGGCGGAUGUGUUCGCAGACGGAAAAUGGGAAAGUGGUCGGUUCAUGGAUGCGUUGAAGAAUUCUCCAGAUGCAGAUGAUCUCUACUCCACGCCCUGCCAAGAAGUUCGACUACCUCCGGGAUCAUGGUCCAGAGGACGUGUCGUAACCCUCGGCGACGCAGCGCAUGCUCAGACUGCAAAUGGCUUUGGAACAACAUGGGGUAUCGUCGGAUCGUACAUACUCGCUGGCGAAGUAGCGACUCUGUACAAUCAAGAUCCCAGCAAAGGAGUCGUACAGGGUGUCAAGAGAUAUGAGGAAGUCUUUCGACCAAUAGCGACGUCUCUGCAGGGCGACCAGAGCGCAUUCGCUAGAGCAGUAUUUGCGCCAAAGACGCAAUUUGGAGUGCAGAUACUUCACACGUUGGCAAGAAUGGCAUCGUGGUUCAAGCUAGAUCAAGGAAUGGGUCUUGAUUCCAAGAUCGCCAACUGGCAACUUCCAGAAUAUCCAGUACUGAACGCUGAUAAAUGAAAUGGGGGGUAUCAAUCAACAAAGCUGUAUAAUAGUUAGACACGCAAUUCAUCUCUUCUCAAUGAUUACAAAACUCACCUCAAGAUGAGUCAAAACACACAGAGGUAUACAUAAAACAAAAAGGCUCAAGGUAUCAAUAUCACAGUUCACAAG